AUGGCCAGGACCAGUCAAGAAAACGUCAAUAGAAAAUUUGAGGCACUGGAUCUUGCAGAAUCAACUAAAAAGCAACCAUGGUGGCGUAAGCUGUUUGGGCAGGAAUCUGGGCCAUCAGCUGAAAAGUAUAGUGUAGCAACCUGCCUGUUAAUUGGAGGUGUUCCUGGAUGGUACACUGCUUUCAUAUUCCAGAAGGUUGGAAAAUUGGCUGCAACAGCUGUAGGAGGUGGAUUCUUUCUCCUUCAGCUGGCAAACCAUACUGGGUACAUCAAAGUUGACUGGAAAUGGGUAGAAAAGGGCAUGAAAAAAAAAAAAGCCAAAGAGCAGUUGAAAAUCCGUAAGAAUAACCAAACACCAACUGAGGUCAAGAGUAAAGCUGAGGAGGUCGUGCCAUUUGUAAAGAAGAGUGUUCUAAUGACUGGGCAAUUUUUUUUUUUUUUUUUUUUUUUUGGAGGCUUUCUGCUUGGCAUUGGCAUCCUGAGAAGCUCACUUCAUUGUUUUGUUGUUGUUGUUUGUUUGUUUGUUUCUUGCCAGCAGCUUCUACACUCCAACAUAGGACAGUUGACACUCCCUUUCCUCCUCUUCUCCUGUGCCUUCCUCCCUGUUGUGGCAAAUCUGAAUGGUUCCCAUAGGCUUCCCUGGUUAAUGAAAAAGCCAAGGCUGAGAGACACAGAAGAUGCAAAGAGACAUCAGAGCAGAAACGGGAUGGGAGUGAGGGGCGACGGCAUAGGAGAAAAAGGAGGCAAAUCCGGACAAGGUUCUAAAGCUCUUGUAAAGAAGGCGGUAAUUGCAGGGACCUGGGUUCGGCUGACACCAAAGGUAUAUGCAACUCAGAGAACGAAUAUCCCCAUGAAGCUCACCGGAGGCACGCCUCUUUUCACUUGA